AUGUUCCGUCAAUCUGUUGCAAGAUUAGCUAUUCGUCAACAAUCCACCGUUGCUAAAGCAGCCCCAAGAGCUUUAUCCAACUCUUAUGUUGGUAGCUUAGAAACCAGAUGGGAAUCUUUACCAAAGGAAGAUCAAACUACUUUAAUAGAAGAAUUAAAGACCAGAAUGGAAGGUCCAUGGCAAGAAUUGACCUCUGCUGAAAAGAAGGCUGCAUAUUACAUUUCUUUCGGUGAAUGGGGUCCAAGAAGACCAUUGUACCAACCAGGUGACAAGAGCAAGAUCUUAUGGGGUACUAUUGGUGGUUUAUUUGCUGGUUUUGGUUUAUUUGCCUUGAUUAGACUGUUUGCCGCUGAAGGCCCAACUACCAUGAACAGAGAAUGGCAAGAUGCUUCCGAUGAAUACUUGAAGUCUAAGAAUGCUAACCCAUUCACUGGCCACUCUCAAGUUCAAUAA